GAAAUACAGGUUGUACCGAGAGGAAGUGACGUCUUUGCGCUCAAUAAAGUGACCCAUCAUCCACAUAAGAGGUUGACUUCUUCGAUUGUUUUGAUGGGGAAGUUGGACCUGGGCGGUUCAGCAGACGAUUGACCAUGGACACCCUGUCCAGCCACAGCUCCUACCUCCUGCAGCAGCUCCAAGAGCAGAGGAUCCAGGGUCUGCUCUGUGACUGCAUGCUGGUGGUCAAAGGUGUCUGCUUCAAAGCCCACAAAAAUGUUCUGGCUGCUUUCAGCUCCUAUUUCAGGUCAUUAUUCCAGAAUUCCCCCAGUCAGAAGAAUGAGGUUUUUAACUUGGUCAUCCAGGAUGUCAGUGGCAUCGGCCAAAUAUUGGACUACAUGUACACCUCCCACCUUGACAUCAACCAAGACAAUGUGCAAGCGCUCCUGACCAUUGCUCAGUGUUUGCACGUUCCAAAUGUUCAAAGCAUGUGCAACACUUUCCUCAAGCCAUGUCCUCCACCAGUGGAAAUCACAUCAUUUUCUCUUCCAGGCAUGCUGAGUUCUGAGCAUGACUGCCUCUUGGGGAGCAAUCUUCCUCAUGAUGUUGACCUGCAGUGUCCCUCUGAAACCUCUAGGCCUGGCUUCAAUGGUGACAUGGACCAAAACAAAAGGUUGCCUGUUUCUGUGCCUAACAGCAGUUCAAACUGUGACACAGCAAGCAGGCAUCUGCAGGCACCUGCAGAAAAACAACUUGUCCAUGGCUACAAGCUGCGGAACUUCUAUAGUAAGCAGUACUUUAAACAAAGUGCACUUCAGACUAAUAACGCUGCCUUAAAUCAAGGCCCGUGCCCUUUGGUGCUAACGGAAGAUCAGCAGUGUCCGCUCGGGGUUAGCCAGGGGGCCAGCAACACUCCCGUAUGCUCAGGAAACACCGUUCAGCCCAAUCCUCCCUGCACGUCUGUGGCAGUCCAAAAGAACCAUGUCUCUUCUUUAACACCCUCAGAUAAUUUGAACACCCCCACUGCUAACUCUGCAGACUCCAUGCUCAACAAGCCAGUGCGGCCAAAGAAAGCCGUGUAUCUGAAGAAGUACAACUACCUCCGAUCUCAGAAGGCAUUGGAGGAGAUGUUUGCUGAAGCAGUGAGUGAACCCGUCCUCAGUUCUCCCAAAGAGAGUCAUCAAGAAGAGUCAGUUGUCCGAACGGAAGUUUCAGAGGCUCCUAUUGAGGAACUUAACUCAGACAGGGAGCCGGUUACGGAGACGGCAACAGAUGUGCAACCUCCCAGUCCCCCGCCUGAGAACCAAGAAGACCAAAAUCUGAAAACUGUGCCAGAGACACAGCAGCAAAUACUUAACAAGCAGUAUUGCUGUGAGGUGUGUGGGAAGAUCUUCAAACACCCCAGCAAUCUGGAGCUGCACAAGCGCUCACAUACCGGUGAGAAGCCCUUUCAGUGUAAUGUUUGUGGGAGAUACUUCUCACAGGCUGGAAAUUUACAGACACAUUUGCGGAGACAUUCAGGAGAGAAACCGUAUAUUUGUGAGUUAUGUGGUAAAAGCUUCACCGCAUCAGGGGAUGUCCAUCGUCACAAAGUGGUCCACACGGGAGAGAAGCCACAUCUGUGUGAUAUAUGUGGUCGAGGCUUCAACAACUUGAGCAACCUCAAGGAGCACAAGAGGACUCACACCACAGACAAGACCUUCACGUGUGACCAGUGCGGAAAAUCCUUCAACACACACAGAAAGCUUCUGAAGCACAAGGCCCGUCACAUUGGGGAAAAACCACACAGCUGUGCCACAUGUGGCAAAUGCUUUAUUGGCUCCGGGGACCUGCAGCGUCACAUACGGUCCCACACUGGGGAGAAACCCUACGUCUGCAACGCCUGCGGAAAGAGCUUCACCCGCUCUGCCAUGUUGCGGAGGCACAGCAACAUGCACUGCAAAGGGGCUCCAGCUGACAGCCCCGUUACAGACAACCCCGACCCUCCUAGCAGCUCAGAUGGAGUGGCCGCGUUCCCCAAACCCGUCGGCCUCAGUAAACCUCCUGCAGCGACCACUGAUCAGCACUUCCCCAGCAUGAUGCCCCCUGCGGGUUUGGUGAAACCCCCACACACUACUACUUCGCCACCACAUAUCGAGAGUCCACCUCCCAGGAUGCCACUCGGCCCGGCUUCCACCCCCACACGCCUUCCAGAGCUGCGCUCCCUGGUACCCCAGCACCUUCUUUCCUCCAACCACCAGGAAAGAGGUGCAGCCGCGACAGCCACAGACCACAUGAAACUCGCCAAACCACACUUGUCUCAGGAGGUUGUGUACGGUCCGUAUGUGGAGAAUGCGAAUAUGUCUGUGGAGAUGGGCAGAGGUGGGGUGGGCAGGGCCUACCUCCCUCCCACAGACAAUCACAGCAGCUCUCUCACUUCUUCCAGCAGGCCCAAUAGUGGCUCCUACAGGUCCACUGAAGGCCAGUUUAUCUCCAGUGUGACUCUGUGGGGCCUGGCAAUGAAAACGCUGCAGAAUGAUAAUGACAUGGAACCGUAAAGUGUUGUGAGAUAUUAGAUAUUACGCACAGCAGAGCCAGUUCAGAGGUUCUGCACUUCACAUCCCCUGGCUCUUGGUUGGUUAUACUGACAUGUAACACACAAAAAGUAGCUCUCAUGUAUCUUAUGAUAAAGCCAAUCCAAAGUAAUGUGAUUUAUUUAUAAAUCAAACAGCUUCCGAGUUUUUUCUUAACUGAAAGAAAUACAAAAAAAAGAAUUGCCCUAAAAUUCCAAUGUUUCUUUUUCUGGUCCUGUGAGCUCAAUGCAGGUGUGCAAUGCAGGUUUCCCUUAAUUAUAGAUACAGCAGUAUUUGGCCUUCUAUAUUUCAAUGUGGUUCCAGGUCUAAACCUUAAACAUCGCAGUAUGCAUCUCGUUAAGUGUUCAUAACCCUCUUUCACUUUGUAUAUAUUGCACUGCACUUUAAAAUGUAAAAAUCACUGUCACUGUCAAAUGUGGUUGUAUUAUAUUCAUAUCAAAAUAAAAUAUCUACAUAAUAUUUAAUGUUAA